AUGGCCGUAGUCUCGGAUGACGAGAUAGCCACAGACCCUGAGCCGUUUGCUUUACCAGAGUUUGGAGAUGAUAUACCACUAGCUGAUGGUCUUCCUGGCGAGGAUCUACUUCUUGUUCAGAUCCCUGCUCCUUUUCCUCUUGCUGCAUUUCCUCUUGAGGAUCUGCCUCUUGAUGCUAUGUCUAACGAUGACAACGAUCUGUUUAUUGAGGUUCCCCCUGAGGGUGCCCAGGACGAUGGAGUUCCAGUCGCCGAUGUCAUUGCUGUUCUGCUUAUCGAGCGUUAUCCCACCGAUUCUGAUUCUGACACCGCUAUGUCUGCUGCACCUGUUCCUCCACAGGACUUCGAGUUUGAGGAUGAGUUUGAUCCUGUCUUUCCACACGACUUUGACCCUGAGCAUGAGAUUGAGUUUGUCCCUGACGAGCAGCCUUUUGAGGCACCUGUCAUUCCUGACGAUCAGCUCUUUGACAUACCCGCUGAUCUUGAGUUUGCUCCAGCCAACCCUGAGCCUGAGAUUGCACCCGAGCCUAUACCUGCUCACGACCCUUUGCCUGAGCAUGACCUUGCACCCGUUGACAUUGCAGUUGCUGCACCACCUUUACCUGACCCGAUCCCUGUACUUGUUGAUCGUGCUCCGUUUGCUGCCCAGGUUGACCCCAGAUAUGCACACACUCGCAAUGGGUGGAUCGAGGACGACAGUGACUUCCCUCCUUUUGUCAGACCUGUUACUCCCCCACCUGCACCUACGCAUGCACCCAUUGAUAUCGCCCCGUUUCACCCGCAUGAGUCUGACAUUCACUGCACAGAUCUACCGAUCACGUUCUUACAGGAUAUCCCUCCUCCCCGUCCAGGGGAAGGACCAUCGAGUCAGCAGCCCAGUCAUAUACCUCAUGUGUCAGCAGCCUUUCCUUUCAUGCCACCGGUUGCACCUGCUACACACACUGCUCCUUUUGUUUCUACACCAUUGGGCGAGCCACUUAUUUGGUUUCCGCCCAACACGAUGCCUGUGUCUGAUCCAUACCAUCCUUUCCACAUUGGAUACUCGAGGGAUGAGUUGCUUUUGACGCUGCAGCUCCAGCAGGAGAUGCUGUGUAGGAGAGUCAUGGAGUUAGAGAGGAUCCCGCGUCCUCCGCCUUGUCCUUGUCAGUCACCAUUUGUGGCUCCGCGUCCUCCUCUCCUGCCAUACCCAGAUUUUGAUGUCUGUUUUCUUACUAUGGAGCAGCAGGUUAGCUAUCUGUUGCGUAUCGUUCAUGCACUUGAGGAGGGUUUAGCGCAUUUGCGCAGGUUGCUUUUCAUUCCUCCACCUCUUCCACCUCCACCAUCAGCAUAG